AUGACCGAAAGAGAUUACUUGUUUCGUUGUGAUUAUGCCAAAACCAACAGAAGUGCUUGCAAGAAAUGCAAGAUAAAAAUAGAAAAGGCUGAAGUAAGGAUUGCGAAAUUAAAAACCAAUCCGUUUAGUGAUGAUGGUGGCUUGAUGACUGACUGGCACCACCCGAAAUGUGUUUUUGAAACUUUUGCCAGGGCCAGGGCAACCACAAAAAAGAUAGAAUCCUCGGACGACAUUGAACAUUUCGAUCUACUAAAGUCAAAAGAUCAAGAUGUUAUCGAACACCUCAUCAAGAACUACCUUGCCACAAGGAAAGAGUCUAAAGCACCCUCUAAAGCUAAAGCUGCUGCAGUACCUGUAGCUAUUGUUCAAAGUAAACUGACAAAGUCUACACCAGCGUCUAAAGAAAAUAACUCACAUGUGAACGGAGCAACUGACAGACUCUUCCUGGUUGUACAGAAACUUUGUGAGAAGUUAAGAGCAGAGCCAAGUUAUCUUGCUAAGAGUGAGAUAGUGCGAUCAUACUUCAAGCAGAAUCCAAGCUCCCCUGACGAAACAUAUCUGAUGUUGAAACAGAUGAUACCGUCAGUUGAUAAACGAGUUUUCAAUGUCAAAGACAAGCAGUUGAUAAAAGUCCUUUCCUCUGUAUUCUCCUCCUCACUGGACGACAUGUCAGAGCAUCUUGAGAAAGGAGACGUUGCAGAAACGGGACGAGUCUUCCACAUCAGGAGCAGUCUGAUUAAACCUCAAUCUAGCUGUGUUACUAUGAGACAGGUGGAUGUGUUUCUAGAGAAGUUAGCUACAAUUACAAAGGAGGAAGAACAACGUCUACACUUCAAGAGUAUUCUGAAACACCUCACUCCGCAAGAUCUAAAGUACUUGCUGUAUCUAAUAAAGAAAGAUCUGCGAAUAAACGCCCGGGAAAAGCAUAUACUAGAGGGUUUACACCCUGUAGCGUACAAAGCUUUCCAGAUGUCACAUGAUCUCAGAGACGUGGUUAACAGAUACGGCUCAGCAGGGAGCUCGGUGAAAUCAGGAGACACCAGUGGGGUUGGAUUACAACUAAUGACCCCGAUCAGACCCAUGCUGGCUGAAGCUUGCAGAUCAAUCGCUCAAGCUCUUGGCAAAUGUCCUGAGGGAAUGUACAGUGAGAUAAAGUACGACGGAGAGCGGGUACAGCUUCACAAACAAGGGUCCCAGUUCCAGUUCUACUCACGCAGUCUUAAACCCGUCAUGGCUCACAAGGUAGCAGAUCUGACAGAGUCUGUUCCUAAAGCCUUCCCUACAGGUCAGGAUAUCAUUCUGGAUUGUGAGGUGCUACUAGUUGAUAAUAUUACUGGAAAACCACUGCCGUUUGGAACGCUUGGUAUUCACAAGAAAAGUGCGUUUAAAGCAGCGAGCGUGUGCUUGUUUGUAUUCGAUAUCUUACUGCUUAACGGGAAGAGUUUAGUGAACGAGCCUAUAAAGAAAAGAAGAGAAAUUCUGAGGGAGAGUAUCACAGAGAUACCCAAUAGAGUGAUGCUCAGUGAGAUGCAGUUGAUAAAGACGGCAAGUGAGCUGGCAGGGAUGAUAUCACACGUGUUAAGAGAGGGACUGGAAGGUCUGGUUCUGAAAGGUAUUAACACCACUUACAAGCCUGGGGCGCGGCACUGGCUCAAAGUCAAGAAGGACUACCUACAAGGCGGAGCUAUGGCUGACAGUGCAGACUUGGUGGUGCUAGGAGGAUAUCUAGGUACUGGUAACAAGGGCGGCAUGUGCUCUAUAUUCCUCAUGGGCUGCUUCUCGCCUGCUUCUAACUCCUGGAAAACUGUCUGUAAAGUAGGCAACGGUCAUGACGACGCCACGUUAGAGAAAUACAGCAACAAGAUGAAACGCACUGGUAGAAAGAUAAAAGGGGACUACAGUGCUAUACCCACCUGGCUACAUGUCAACAAAGGAAUUGUGCCCGACUUUUUAGUUACGGACCCCAAACACUCUGAUGUCUGGGAGAUUACUGGAGCCGAGUUCAGUCAAAGCACGGUUCACACAGCGGCAGGGAUAAGCAUCAGGUUCCCCCGCAUAACCAAGAUCCGGGAUGACAAGGACUGGAGCACGGCCACCAACCUGCCCCGCCUCCAGCAGCUCAUGCGCACCAGUCAGGACAAGGCUGAUAUGGCCAUCCAGCAGCUUAUGAUAAAAGAGGGAAAACUUUCAGUUCCCAAAUUAUUGGAGUCACCCAAAGAAACUAGAGUAACUCAGAAAAGAGGGGCUCUCGUUGCUACAUCCUUCAAAGAGGAGUCACCCAAGAAGAAGUUAAAGCCAGGAAGCAAUGCUAACAUUUCUUCAUUACAUGAAAAUUCUUCGCAUUCAAAAUGUUCCUCAUCCAAGUUUGGUCCGCUACCAAAUAUCUUCAAAGGAGACAAAAUAUUUGUUUCCUCUAAAAUAGCGGCUAAAGAGGUGUUAUCUCGGUAUGUGGUGGCGUACGGCGGGGAGGCGGUCACUAAUAAGGAGUUAGCUGAUGUGAUUGUGUUAUCUAAAGUUAUACCGGACAAGCUCGGCAGGAUAGUCACCAAACAAUGGAUCGUUAAUAAGAUAAAUCAGUGAGCUACUGAUAAAUCAGUGAGCUACUGAUAAAUCAGUG